CCCCGUCACUGCUGUUACGUCAUGCUAUUAUAUAAUAGCAUGACGUAACAGCAGGGACCGGGCUGCCUGUGAUAGAACCCAUAGCUGGCAACGUACCUUGGACAUACCCAAGCCAAAUACCGCCGAGAUACCCUAGCUGGCUGUGUACUCAGGUAACUUGAUAACUUGGCUGUGAGCAGGUUUCAAACGUCAUGUCAAAAUUUCUGUCCGUAAUUCGCAAAGUUUCCUCAAAGAGCUACAGCCGUUGUAUUUUAUCGUCACUGCAGCUCGAUACUAGUGUACACGGUCAAAAUAGUUUUGUUUUCAUGAAUUCAAAUUCGUUCGUACCGAGAAGGAACUGCAGUAUGAAGGGAAAGAAAUACAUAUACGCUCACAAGUUUGAAGGAAUGCCAAAAUUAUCAGAUUUACAACUUGUGGAAGAAGAGAUACCUGCAAUCAAGGAUGGAGAAGUUUUGGUUCAAGUGCAGUCAUUGAGCAUUGAUCCCUAUAUGAGACCAUAUACACCAUUACUAUGUAAAGUUGGUGAUGAUAUGAUCAAUUAUUAUGUUGCAGGAAAAGUGAUUGACAGUAAAGAAAAAACUUUGCCUAUCGGAACUAAGGUGUCUGGUGCGAUGGGAUGUAGAACAUAUGCAGUAAUGUCUGGUAGGAAGUUGACAAACUUAGAUUUUCUUGAUGAUCUACCAACCUCUUAUGCGACUGGGGCUGCUGGCUUGGCAGGGUUGACUGCUUAUUUUGGUGUUUUGAAUAUUCUCACUCCAAAAAAAGGGCAGACUCUGUAUGUGAACAGUGCAGCAGGAGCCGUUGGUGCUGUUGUUGGUCAGAUUGCGAAAAUUAAAGGAUGCCGAGUUGUUGGUAGCGCAGGUUCAGAUGAGAAAGUUGCGUAUUGUAAAAGUCUUGGUUUUGAUGAAGUGUUCAAUUAUAAGAAAGUUACUUCCAUCAAAGAUGCUCUAAAAACAACUUGUCCCAAUGGAAUUGACAUGUUCUUUGAAAAUGUUGGUGGCCCAGCGUUUUCGAAAGUCAUUUUUCAAAUGAAUACAAAUGGUCGCGUUGCUGUGUGUGGCGCUAUAGCAACAUACAAUCAAAAAAAACCAGAAAUGAUUGAAGACGUCCUAUGGCCUUUAGUAGGAAAUCGAAUCAAAGUUCAAGGAUUUAACGUAAUGCAGUUCACACGCGACUACCCGGCUGCAAGAAAACAACUUGUACAGUGGAUAAAAGAGGGUAAAAUAAUCGUAAAAGAACACAUCACGUAUGGCUUUGAAAACUUCCCAAAGGCUUUUGUUGAACUCUUUACUGGUGAUAACUUUGGUAAAUCUGUGGUUGUCGUGGGUGAUUCAUCCAAAUUGUAAUUUUAAAGAUUUUCCAGUUGAUCAACCGGAUUUUUACGUAGCAAAAUUAUAAUAUAUAUAAUUGAGGGAAUUUAGAAACUAGAGAAACCUGAAAAAUAUCAGCUUUUAGGCUUUCCAAAAUAAUUAAACUUUUGUAAUUUAUUUCUACUGUAAUUGUUCGGCAGCAUAGCCAGUUACAUCCAAUAUAUAAUUCCUCUCAACUAUUAAACAGCCGCUAUGCAGCAAUUAAAAUUGUUUUGAAAGAUUAUCAGAGAACUCAGAAAGAGAACUAUAGGGUAUGUUUGGUAGUUAUAACUUAGAUCCAGGCUCAUCAUAUAUUCAGGGUUAUAUGUGAAAUCGGAAGACAAUUGCCAACUUGAUGUUGACUGCAUGGUUAGUCCGAAGUGGAAACUCCCAGACCCAAUUUUUUGUUGAAAACGUUUGAGACUAUGCUGUCAGCAUUGUGCACAUAUUGAUAGUCAAACCACACGCACGUUCUUAUAUCAAUGCUUCUAUACGUUUACCGGAGCCUCAUUUGAACUCGGGUAUAAUUCCAGGCUAACAAGUAAGAACCAGGUACGUGUUUCUAGCCUUGAAUAUAUUUGGCCAAAUUGUCUGUCAAACGUCUUUCAUUGAUGUUAUAUAACCACUGCGGGUCGUACCAGCAAAAAGAUCCAAUGCAAAUUU